UGCAUUGCAGGACAGGUAGCGUACGCGGCCUCUAAGGGCGGUAUCGUCGGUAUGACUCUUCCGAUCGCUCGCGACUUAGCUGUGGAGGGCAUCCGUUGUGUGACUAUAGCCCCGGGACUCUUCAACACUCCACUGUUGGCCUCAUUGCCAGAGAAAGUGCGCCAAAACUUGGCCGCAACUGUUCCCUGUCCUCAACGGUUGGGCGAACCCGAAGAAUACGCGCAUUUGGUUCAGACUAUUAUCGAGAACCAAAUGCUUAACGGGGAGACCAUCCGAUUGGACGGCGCUAUUCUUUGCGAACAGAAUUCUGAGUCUUUGCUCCACAUUUGGAUCCACAAUGGAUUCGAUGAGUUCUUUGAGAAGAAUCCAUGCGUUGGUGUCCAACCAAUAGCUCUUAUGAUCAAAGUAUCCAUCAAUAGCUCCAACUCGUCUACUGGCGGAAUAUACCGGGCAUUACUGGCGCCUAUAGUUUUUGACACCAAAUUCAUAAGCUUUAAAGCUUUCACUCAAAUAGUUGUGUGCAAUGGACAGACAUAG